AUGGAGAGGUUCUCUGAGGAAUUCAUCGAAGCAAAACCAACACAAGAGGCACAAGCUGUUCCUGUAUUAGACGACUUUGACUCACCACCCAGAGACAUCUUGGUUGAUCCCGACUCCAAUGGGGUCCGCCGACUGCGUCUUAUAGAAGAAGCACGGCGAAACAGGUUACGGAUGGAAGAAAAGCAGAGAGAAGCGCUGCAUAACGCGAGAAAAGAUGUCGAGAUGAAGAUGUCCACACCUCAAAAGACGACCAACUCCGAACAAGAACCGAAACCGAUUAAAAGACGGAAUCGUGGAGGACGGAACCGCGGUAGCCAAGGGAGAGACGUGAUAACCGAGCAAUUCGCCAAUUCUCAAGCACAGCCAGAGUCUGCUGGCCCAAGUCGGCAACAAGUCGACUCACAAGGCCAGUCACUACAGGGGCUACUGCACUCGCCUGGAAGCGGCCUGAGCCUGCAAGACCCCUAUGCCCCUCUGAGAGCUGGACCACAGAAUGUGCCACUGAAGCCAGCUCUAUUGCAGGCAAGAGCUUCAACUGGCGGAGUUAAUGGUCGUCGAUCUUCAAGGGCAGCUUCAGGGUCCUCAAAUAUCAUCACGCAAAGCGACGAGGACAGCCACAGGAGAGGACCACCGUACCUCGGGCCUACUCGAGCUGUCGAGGCAGAAAGUCUAAGACAAACACAGAAUUCACGCAAUGACCCGAGCUUACAAGAAGAGAUAGCCUGGGAACGAGACACACUCUGGAGAAUUCUGAGGCAGCAAUUUGGCGUGGGCGAUCUGCAAAUUCGGGCAAUAUUGGAAAGCGAAAGGAACAGAGACAGGGUUAUUGAGUGGGAAUUUGUGUAG